GGGGCCGGCCGGGCAGUGGGGAGAGCCAGAGGGCAGGCGCCCGCCCCGCAGACGCCCUCGCUCGCUCGCGCCUGCCUUCAGCCUGCUCUGCACACGGGAUGGCCCCGAGGACAGGCAGCCUGGCCCUGGUGGUGCUGCUCGUCUCCUGGGCGGCUCUGGACCCCUGCAGCCUGGAGGGAGCCGAGCCCCAGCCACCGCCAGGGGACGCCGAGGCCCCGCCAUGCCCGGCUGUGUGCACCUGCAGCCACGGGGAGGACGCGGGCGAGCUCACCGUCUUCUGCAGCUCCAGGAACCUCACGCAGCUGCCCCAGGGCAUCCCCGACAGCACCCGGGCCCUGUGGCUGGACGGGAACAACCUGUCCUCCGUGCCCGCGGCCGCCUUCCGCAACCUCUCCAGCCUGGACCUCCUCAACCUGCAGGGCAGCCGGCUGGGCAGCCUGGAGCCACAGGCACUGCUCGGGCUGCGGAGCCUGCGCCACCUGCGGCUGGGCCGCAACCGGCUGCGCAGCCUGGGCGCCCACACGCUCACGCACACGCCCGCGCUGGCCUCGCUCAGCCUCGCCCACAACCUCCUGGGCCGGCUGGAGGACGGCCUCUUCCGGGGCCUGGCCCGCCUCUGGGACCUCGACCUCGGCUGGAACGGCCUGGCGGUGCUGCCCGAUGCCGCCUUCCAGGGCCUGGGGAACCUGCGCGAGCUGGUGUUGGCCGGCAACAGGCUGGCCUACCUGCAGCCGGCGCUCUUCUGCGGCCUGGCCGAGCUGCGGGCGCUGGACCUGAGCAGGAACGCGCUGCGGAGCGUCAAGGCCAACGUCUUCACGCAGCUGCCGCGGCUGCAGAAGCUCUACCUGGACCGCAACGCCAUCAGCGCCGUGGCCCCGGGCGCCUUCCUGGGCAUGAAGGCGCUGCGCUGGCUCGACCUGUCCCACAACCGCCUGGCCGGCCUCCUGGAGGACACCUUCCCGGGCCUGCUGGGCCUGCGCGUGCUGCGCCUGGCGCACAAUGCCAUCGCCGGCCUGCGGCCCGGCACCUUCAAGGACCUGCACUUCCUGGAGGAGCUGCGGCUGGGCCACAACCACAUCCGGCAGCUGGCGGAGAAGACGUUCCAGGGCCUGGGGCAGCUCGAGGUGCUGGCGCUCAACGACAACCACAUCCAGGAGCUGGCGCCGGGGGCCUUCCUCGGCCUCGCCAACGCGGCCGUGGUGAACCUCUCCGGCAACGGGCUGCGGAGCCUCCCGGAGCAGGCCUUCCGGGGCCUGGGCAGGCUGCACAGCCUGCACCUGGAGGGCAGCAGCCUGGGCCGCGUGCGGCCGCGCGCCUUCGCCGGCCUCUCGGGGCUGCGCCGGCUCUUCCUCGGGGGCAGCGGCAUCACGGCCAUGGACGAGCAGAGCCUGUGGGGGCUGCCCGAGCUGCGGGAGCUCGACCUCACCGCCAACCAGCUCACGCACCUGCCCGGCCGGCUCUUCCAGGGCCUGGGCAAGCUCGAGUACCUGCUGCUCGCCCGCAACCGGCUGUCGGCGCUGCCGGCCGAGGCCCUGGGCCCCCUGAGCAGGGCCUUCUGGCUGGACGUGUCGCACAACCGCCUCGAGGCGCUGGCCGACGGCCUCCUGGUGCCGCUGGUGCAGCUGCGCUACCUGAACCUCAGGAACAACUCCCUGCGCACCUUCGCGCCGCAGCCCCCGGGCCUGGAGCGCCUGUGGCUGGAGGGCAACCCCUGGGACUGCCGCUGCCCCCUGCAGGCGCUGUGGGGCCUGGCCCUGCGCAGCCCGGCCGUGGUGCCGCGCUUCGUGCAGGCCGCGUGCGAGGGAGACUGCCAGGCCCCCGUCUACACCUACAACAACAUCACCUGCGCCAGCCCCGCCAGCGUUGCGGGCCUCGACCUGCGGGACCUCCCGGAGGCCCACUUCGCUCACUGCUGACCAGGCCAGGGGUCGGGAGGGUCCCUCACCCUUCCCGGCACACUGGGGCUCUGCUGGCGUGGGCUCAGAAGGGUAGGGUGGGGCGGGGCCCCAGGGCCCCAAGGCCCAGCCAGCAGGUGUUACCAAUUAAAGCAAACCAGUAACUCGUG